CCAGACGUGCCGCCUUGCGCGCGGCUUGGUGGUUUCUUGGCGUGAUUCUGCCCCUCUCCCCAGGCACAAGGGCAGUCCAGCCGCCGCCGGCGCCAAUGGAGCGGGACCGUGGCCAUAGCCAACCUAGCAAUGAUGGAUCAAUCACCUCAUUAGCUAACAAAGAAACCCCACCCUGCCAACAUGGUGAUGAUGAUUCUCAAGGUAGCAAAAGAAUCAGAUGUUCAUGGAUAGACCUUCCAGAGGAAAUCUGGCAUCAUAUACAUUCCCUAGUGCCAAUGCGAGAAGCUGCCCAGGCUUCCUGCGUGUCUCACGCUUUUCUACACUUGUGGAGAUGCCGUACGAAUCUCACAUUCACCAAGGAAACAAUUUGCUCAAAACAAAACUGGUUUGAUGUAGGAGAGUUCAACAACAGUAUCAACCAUAUUCUGGUGAACCACCCGACCACCGUUGGUGCUAAGACUCUCAUACUUAAAUUGCAUGGUCCAUACGAUGGCAACUAUUAUAAUUGUCUCGAUUGUUGGCUCAAGAUUGCUGUUACACCAAAGAUUGAAGAACUUACCCUUGUAUUACGACAGUGGACAGAGGAGAUAAAGUACAACUUCCCUUGCUCGCUUUUAUCUGGCGUAAGUGGAAACACGCUUCGGUAUCUCCGCCUUGACAGAUGUGUGUUACGUCCCACGUCUGGACUUGCUAUGAAAAGCCUGACAAUGCUGCAUCUCUGUAAAGUGCGUAUUACAGGGGAUGAGUUAGGAUGCCUUCUUUCUCAUUGCUUUGCUUUGGAACAAUUGAAACUCAGAUAUUGUGAUGAUAUAAUUUGCCUGGCGAUACCUAGCCUGCUGCAGCGGUUCAGCUUCCUGAAGGUUCUUAAAUGUGCGAACCUUCAAAUGAUAGAGAACAAAGCUCCAAACCUCUCUAGUUUUUCCUUUAGUAGUAAUAGUAAUCAAAUACAACUAGCACUUGGAGAAUCUCUGACAGUAAAGACACUGAAGUUGCGCCAUAAAGGUGCAAUCGGUUAUGCUAUUGACAAGCUUCCUUCCUAUGUGCCGAAUCUUGAGACUCUUACCAUACACACUUUUUCUGAGACGGUCAACGUGCCAAUAGUGUGUAUAAAAUUUCUCCACCUCAAGUUCUUGACUAUUUAUACUUGUGGAUGGGAUAUUUUCCAUGAGUAUGAUUAUUUGUCCUUGGUUUCUUUCCUUGAUGCUUCUCCCUCCUUGGUGACUUUUGAUUUGCAUGUAUGUGAUGUUCAGGUAUCAAAGAAGUACAAGUACGAAUGGCUUCAGGGAUAUCCCUCAUCUCUGAGACAAAUGCCAGAACGACAGCAUGGCAACCUCAAGAAUGUCAAGAUCACUGGUUUCUGCCUCCAAAAAAGCAUCAUUGAGCUGACACUUCAUAUUCUAGAGACUGCACCAUCGCUGAAGUGCCUUACAUUGGACACUUUUCCUGUUUAUUACCAGCAUUGUGGCAAUACAUUGGACAAGAAAUGCCCCCGCUUCAACAGAUCAUUUAUUAUGGAGGCACGUGCCAUCAUCUUGGCUAUAAGAACACACAUUGAGAGGAAAGUUCCCUCUACAGUUAAGUUAAAUGUUCCGGAGCCUUGAAGGCUUGAAGCCAGUGUCAUGCUUUGUGAAAUUCAGGUGUCAAAUUAUGAUAGUUAUCUGACGUUUAAUCAUGUUGUUUUAUUUGUGGUGUGCUUUGCUUAA